AUGACUUAUGCUUAUGGUGUUCCAUCUAAGACGAUUUUAUCAUCUUUCAUUACUCUGAUUCCUAAGAGGGAUUGUCCAAAGAGUCUCGACGAUUAUAGGCUCAUAUUCUUGGUGGGAUGUCUUUACAAAGCUUUGCCCAAGCUGUUAGCCACUAGGCUAAAGAGGGUUUUGGGAUCUAUUAUUUCGGAAUCUCAAAGCGCUUUUGUUCCUAGUAGGAACCUUCUAGACGGUGUUUUAGUAGCUAACGAGAUUGUCGACUAUGACACGAAGGAGAAUAAGGGUUAUUUAAUGUUUAAGGUUGAUUUUGCAAAAGUGUAUGACAGAGUUAAUAGGGGUUUUCUUAGAUUUAUGCUGAGGAGAAUGGGGUUCGGGGAGCUUUGA